AUAGUCAAUAGUAUAAAAGCUGAAACUAUGUACCAACCAUUAUCACACUUGAUUGUCUCAAUUAAGUAAUCAACAUGUUCUCUAAAAUUGUUGGACUUUGCGCUCUGGUCACCGUGGCCCAAGCGGGACUCUUAGUGGCUCCAGCUGUACACUACUCCCCCGCCGCAUCAGUGUCCUCCCAGAGCAUCGUCCGCCACGACGAGCUCGCGCCCGCAGCCAGGCUCGCUGCCCCCGCUGCUGUCGCCUACCACGCCGCUCCCGCUCCUCUCGCCUACCACGCUCCGGUCGCUGCUGUGCUCGCUCACCGUGAGGACCAGGAAUUCAAUCAUUGCACUCUACAGGCGCACCCCAAGUACGAGUACAACUACUCCGUUGCUGACAGCCAAUCUGGCGACAACAAGUCCCAACAGGAGUCCCGCGACGGUGACGUCGUGAAGGGAUCUUACUCGUUCCACGAGGCUGACGGCUCCAUCAGGACCGUGGAGUACUCCGCUGACGACCACAACGGUUUCAACGCGGUGGUGCACAACUCUGCCCCCACCGCCGCCCCCGCUCACGUCAUCAAGGCUGUCCCCGUCGCCCACUACUACCACCACUAGAAAAUAAUACGUUUUUAUUGUGAAAAUGAUUAUUAAAUUAUUUAUUUAUUGCAAUAUACGAACAAAUUGAAAUAAAACUA